UUCGUUCGUUCUUCAUUUCACCGUCCAGCAGCAGAGAAUGUGAAAGAAAGAAAGAAAGUGAAAACCUUCUUUAUUGGAAAACAUGAGUCAAGCGGUGUUUGGGAAAAUAGUCUUUUAAUCAUACUUAGCUUCUAAAAAGCUAUCUAAUGUGUGCAAUAAGUUACAUUACUCACAGUCAUUGAUUGUUAGAAUAGGUUUGAUGAAUACAUGACGUUUGAUGUAUGUUUCGAUUAAGCUUGCAUGAAUCAGUUGAAAAGCGAAAUUGCACUUUUCCAUGCCUCCUCUCAACGCUUAAUUGACUGAAAGCGAGUGAGAUUAAUUAAAAUUUUCUUUUCCUAUCGUGUACUUCAAUUCAUACAAACGGGAAAAUGAAACGUGACCCGGUAUCACUCUCCUUUGACCAGCAGAGCGCAAAUUAAUACGAAAGGAAGAGACUAAUUCAAGAUUAUUCGUAUAAAUAGAACAUCAGUAUUUUUGGAAUCGAUUUAUUGCCCAAUCACGUUCAACUUAAAAUGGCUUCAGGAAGACCCAUUAAAUGCGUUGUUGUUGGAGACGGAACGGUGGGAAAGACAUGUAUGCUCAUUUCAUAUACAACCGACAGUUUUCCCGGCGAAUACGUUCCCACGGUCUUUGACAACUAUUCUGCCCCGAUGGUAGUGGAUGGAGUUCAAGUUUCGCUUGGAUUGUGGGAUACAGCUGGACAGGAGGAUUACGACCGAUUACGACCACUAUCGUAUCCACAAACGGACGUGUUUCUUAUAUGUUUCAGCGUUGCUAGUCCAUCGUCAUUCGAAAAUGUUACUUCCAAGUGGUAUCCAGAAAUCAAACAUCACUGCCCCGAUGCGCCAAUUAUCCUUGUUGGUACUAAAAUUGAUUUGCGUGAGGACCGAGAAACGUUGAGUGCCCUUGCUGAGCAGGGACUAUCGGCACUUAAACGCGAACAGGGUCAAAAGCUAUCCAACAAGGUUCGUGCCGUAAAGUAUAUGGAAUGCUCGGCACUGACCCAGCGUGGUCUGAAACAGGUUUUUGACGAAGCAGUCAGAGCUGUCCUUCGACCGGAACCGCUCAAACGACGUCAACGAAAAUGUGUUGUGAUGUAAGAAGAAGUCUUCUGAUGAGAUUCGCAGUCUACCGAAGUCUCUUGUAUAUAGGAUUAAGUAGUGAGAAAGGAAACAAA